AUGGCGGCCGAGCAGAAUAUUCCAGAACUUGGCGGAUAUGAUUUUGAGUUUACAAGUGCAGUUCCCGAUGACUUUGAAUGCCCUGUGUGUCAGUUAACAAUGAAAGAUCCCAUACAGAUUGGAGGAUGUGGCCACAGACUUUGUAACAUCUGCUUGGAGAGCUUGUUAAGGAACCAUUCUCCAAAAUGUCCAGUUGACAGAGAGCCUCUUUCACGUGACAAGAUAUUUCCAGAUGUCGCUUGUCAUCGCAAAAUUCUGGAUCUCAAGGUGAAAUGCCCUCAUGUUGGGUGUCCUUGGAAGGGAGAACUCCGAGCUGUGCAGAAACAUCAGUCAGAAUGCCUGUUCAAAGUGGUGGAGUGUCCAAAUGAAGGAUGUAAAGAGAAGCUCACCAGGCGAGAUAUGAACAAUCACAAGAUAACGGAAUGUGUCUGGAGGGAAGUUAGUUGUGAAUAUUGUCGAGGAUCAUUUAUCGUGAAAAACAAACAGCAACAUCAUAACGUCUGUCAAAAGUUUCCGGUUCAAUGUACCAACAUUUGUGGUCUGAGUAAUAUUCCACGAGAAAAGCUCUUGGCUCAUAUUCGUGAUGACUGUCCUUUAACAGAAAUUGAUUGUAAAUACAAGAACUUAGGAUGCCAAAGUGCGUUUCCAAGAACAAGAACAAAAUCUCACUUAGAAUCGCACAUGGAAAGCCACUUGCUCUUAGCUGUAUGCAGCCUUGAGACCACUCAGAAUCAGGUUAAAGACCAGUCAAAGCAGAUAGAGCGAUUGAUAUCUCUAUUCAAUGAUCAGUCACAGCAGUUGAAUGAUCAGUCACAGCAGCUGAAUAAUCAGUCACAGCAGCUGAAUGAUCAGUUACAGCAGCUGAAUAACCAGUCACAGCAGCUGAAUAAUCAGUCACAGCAGCUGAAUGAUCAGUUAAAGCAGCUGAAUGAUCAGUCACAACAGUUGAAUAAUCAGUCACAGCAGAUAAAAGGAUUGGUGGCCAAGAAUACAGAACAGUCACAGCAGAUAGCCAGUUUAACGUCCUCUAUGCAGGGUCUGGUGCAGCAGGUAGAACGCCUCACAGGCCAGGAUCGACAUCAAGCUGUGCUGGUGGACAAACCGACCAACCAAACCAAGGGCAUGACAAACAAGAUAGAGGCAAAUAUUGGCAAGGUUGAAGAGGGUGAGUUUCUGAAGAAACUGUGGCGCUGCGUCAAUGGGAGGUAUAGUAAGAUAUCUUGGUUUUAUCAAUUGAGUUGAUGAAUUAAAUUGGCCACAGUAAAGAAUU